UCUCGCUGUGUCGCCAUGUCUGUAUCCCUUGGCGACGUGUAAAUUUCAAAGCACUGUAUUUGUUUGAGCUGUACCCAGCUAACAGCAAAUACAACUGUAAAUAUGGCGAAAUGCUAUGAUUUACCCCGUUUGGAAUUGGAGCAUAUCGUGGGAUAUAGUGGAAUUUCAAAUGGCCUCCAUGUACAUCCUGACGAGCAACAUCUUAUCUACUCACUCGGUGUCACUGUCAUCAUUGAAAACAUCGAAACAAAAAAACAGCAAACUCUUAUGGGACAUUCAGGCAAUGUGUCUUGUCUGACUGUCUCCAACUCGGGGAAAUACAUCGCUUCUGGCCAAGCCAUUCAUAUGGGCUUCAAAGCUGACAUAAUCAUAUGGGAUUAUAAAAAGAAAGAACUUUAUGCCCGACUAAAACUGCACAAAGUGAAAAUUGAGGCAUUGGCAUUUUCCCCAAACGACAACUACCUCCUUUCCUUAGGAGGACAAGAUGAUGGAUCAGUGGUGGUGUGGAAUGUCAAUACCAAAAAUUCAAUCUGUGGUGAACGAGCUCAACUUAAAAGUGCUGGAAAUACUAUGGCUGUCGGAUACCAUGAGAGUAAUGAAAACAUAUUCUUCACAUGUGGAGAUCGUACUCUGAGAGUUUGGGAUCUGGAUGUGGAAAACAGAAAAAUAAAGCCAGUAGAUGUCAACAUGGGUCAGUUCAACAGAAUCUGCAAGUGUAUACAGAUGAAAGGUGACUACCUGCUGUGCGGUACUACCACAGGAGAUAUACUUGGUGUAAACAAAGAUACAAAACUUCUCCAGUUUCAUGGUCCAGGAGGGCCAAACAUUAAAAAACAGAAAAAUUUUAGUUGCGGGGUUACUGCCCUUGCUCACGUCUUCGACAAACAGAUGUUGGUAGGAUCUGGAGCGGGAGAGGUUGCAUUAGUGACAUACAGUCUUAACAAGAAAAAUGAAUGGGUGUUUGAGAAGAAAAGGUCUUGGUUGGAUCAGAGCUCUAAGGAUGAAAAUGUUGCUGUGGCUUCCAUUGCAUUAAGAGGCAAAGGACACCAGUUUUUUGUUGGAAUGACCAACUCCCAGAUCUACAAGUUCAAUUUCGCAGACUUCUCAUGUGAACUUAUCAAAACCUCCCACUUCAAGAAGGUGACAGAUAUUGCUUUCCCAUCAAGAACAAAUGAACUGUUUGUGACGUCCCAGUUGGGACAGAUCCGAUUCUGGCUGACGGCCGCGGGUGGCAAGGAAAUUUUGAGACAUACAAUAGCUAACAUGACCUGUACCUCCCUGGCUUUGACAGAGGAUGGCAGUAUGGUCUACACUGCAUGGGAUGAUGGGAAAAUCCGAGGUUUUUGUUUUGCAAAAGGAAAAAAUGGUCUUUCCCUUAAACCAAUGUUUGUGAUAAAUGAUGCUCACAGUAAUGGUGUGACCGCUCUGGCCUGUACCUCUGAUGGUAUAUGCAUCAUCAGUGGAGGCGGAGAGGGACAAGUCCGUUUAUGGAAUGUCAGUUGUGGAUCAAAUAACGACAAUGCCACAACCAGCUUGAUACACAAUAUGAUGGAGCACAAAGGAUCCGUCUCUGCCAUCAAGAUUAGCAAGGAUGACAAGAGUUGUGUGUCGUCUAGCCAUGAUGGAACAACCAUCAUCUGGGACCUCCAGAGUAAGCGUCGACUCCAGAUUGUGUUUGCAAACACAUUGUUCAAAUGUGUGGUGUUCAACAGAGAAGAGAACCAGAUUGUGACAAGUGGCACCGACAGGAAGUUAGUCUACUGGGACAAAAAGGACGGCUCAAGGAUUCGUGUUCUUGAUGGAUCAGAAAGUGGCUCUAUCAAUGCCAUGGACAUCACAGAAGAUGGCAGUAUCAUUGCUACAGGAGGUGAUGACAAAAUUCUCAAGUUGUGGAAUUACGACAAAGGAGAAGUGAUAUCAGUCGGACUUGGACACAGCGGAAACAUCCAGAGGAUCAAGAUUUCACCCGACAACUCUAGUAUCGUUAGUGUAAGCGAUGACGGCGCUAUCCUAGUCUGGAAAUUUCCUCGACAUCUUCUCUAAAAUAGAACAUAUAGCAAAAAACCUACCAAAGGAAGGGCAAGAAAAACAGACAGACAUUCUGUGGACAUUAACAUCGAAAGAGUGACCAUCUUAAGACUCAAUUUCAAUCAAGUAAUGAUAGGAAAUGCCACACAAUUAAGCUGCCUAACCUGUCACCUAAUUUUUUAGAUAAAAUUGUGACAAAUCCUGAGUCUUGAUGGUGUGUUGGAUUUGCAACAAGCUCAGCAAUUCUAUAUACACUCUGGAAAAAAAGAAUGAAAACUGAUACAUAUUAUCUACAUGAACUUGACACUUUCAAAUGACUUUUGACAUUUUAGAAUGAAUUACUUUAUGUUUUUGUACAUUACAGCUUUAUUGAAACUUUCUACUCAUAGACAUUUCAAUUUCAGUAGUCAGAGGAUGACUCAAUAAGACAGGUUUGUUUAACCAAAUAUAUACACUACAAAGUUGUAUAUUUUUGCUUCCUUAAACCCUGAAUGUAUGUACAUUUGUAUAUUAUUAUUAUUAUGUUUCAAUUUCACCUUCCGGAAGUGAGAUGAAUGGAAUAUCACCUAUUUUUAUGUAAAAUUCAGAAGCUAUAGUGUCUUAAUUUAAGAAGUAUAGGCAAAAAGGAAAUUAGUUUCUCAGACCAAUAUUUUUACAAAGAAUUAAGUAUUAAGGCACUGGGGUGUUUAUUAUACAUAUAUGUAUAUAUAAAUAUCUAGGAGCUGUCCACCAUUAUCAUAUCAUUAGAAGACUGUUAUCAUCAGUUUUCAUACCUUUUUGGGCAAACCCUUGACCUCAACAUGUCUCCCUCCUAUAUAUUACAAACAUUAUUAAACAAGGGAGAGUACAAUGUAUAUAUCUCAACAAUGCUGUAGUUGGGGAACUGGUGCCUGAGAAACAAAUGUUUAUUUUGGCCUAUAUUGUAUUUUUCUUUAAUUAUAAUGUCUACUUUUUAGUUGCAGUAAAAGGUGAUCCAUUUAGAACUUUGUGAUACAGUUUAUGUUUGUUAUACACGAUGUCAUGUAUAUUUUGCCAAAUGUACAUUAAAACUUAACCAAGAUUCA